AUGUAUAUAAAUAUAUAUAUAACUCGUGUCAAAUUGGGUUAUUCAAGGAGAAGGGCAUUUUGUUCGGUUCGUUGGAUUGUAAGAGACAGAAAGAAAAGAGAGAUACAAACCUCGAUCAGACAAACUUAUAUAUCUAGCACAAUGGUUUCACAAUUAUUCGAAGAAAAGGCCAAGGCUGUCAACGAGCUACCAACAAAACCCUCAACCGAUGAACUACUGGAACUUUACGGUCUAUACAAGCAAGCUACAGUAGGAGACAAUGACAAGGAAAAGCCAGGUAUUUUUAACAUGAAGGACCGUUACAAGUGGGAAGCCUGGGAAGACUUAAAGGGUAAGUCUCAAGAAGAUGCCGAAAAGGAGUACAUCGCGUAUGUCGAUAACUUGAUUGCCAAAUACUCUUCUUAA